AUGUUACCUAGGAUAUCUUAAAGUUAAUAACUUCAUUCAAUACAUCAUUCUGAAGAAAUAACAUUAAAUGAAGUAAAAAGAAGAAAAAAAGAACUAGAAUUAUAGGCAUAAAGUGUGGAGAAUAGAAUAAGGUAACUUAGAAAUGAAGAAGGCAAAUUAAUUAAAAGAAUAUAAUUAACAGAAUAAUUAACAUCUGAAGUUUAUCAAUAAAAAGUAGCAGCACAUCUCAAAGUAAUAAAAUAAUUCAUAUUUAUUAUAGAAGCAAUAAAAAAUACAAAAAAAUACAUUUUAUUAUAGAAAUUAAUAGAAUGAUUCCAAAGAAUUAAUAGAAUAAUCUAAUGGAAAUGAAAGAAAUAAAGAACUAUAUAUAAAAACAACAAUAGAACGAAAUUAAUUGAGGAAAGUUAAAUAAGAAUUUAUAUAAUAUAAGCAUGAUGAAGCAUAAAAUUAUAGAAAAUUAUUAUAAAAUGAAUAAUUUAGGUUUAUUGAAGAAUAAAGAAAAUUGUAAGAAAAUUAAAAAUUAAAAGCAGCUUUAAGAAAAUAAGAGUAAAAUUUAUCUGAACUUUUAAUUAGAGAAAAAUUAAAUGAAAAAAAAAUCAAAAUAAAGUAAGAACAAGAUAAAUUAAAAAUAAAAACAAUAUAAGAAAAUGAAGAAAAAGAAAAACAUAUCAAAUAAUUAGAAAUAGAAGAAUUAUAGAUUGUAUAAAAGUUAUAAGCAACAUAAUAAAGAGAAAAGGAUGUAAAAGGAAAAUUAAUUGCUGCUACUAAAUUAUAGCCAGAAUAAUUUGCUAAAACUUUUCACUCUUUAAAUAAUACAUCUUUAAUUGCAGAAUAAUCAAACAUAUAAAAUAAUGUAAAUAUAUAUUUUAUAUUAGAAAUAAGAAGAUAAUUUAUAAGAAAAUUAAUAAAGUCAAAGUAAUAAUAUAAAAAAUGAAGAAUAACAUGAUGAAGGCCAGUAAGGUACACAAACUGAAGAAUGA